CUGCAAUGUGCUGUGAUGGUCUGUGUUUUAAGUAACGCCCAUUUCAGACUAGCCCCGCCCACAUCACGAAGAAACCACGCCCAGUUCUGGCCGCCCCCCACCAUUCGCGCUGACGCGGCCACGUUCAGCAUUAGCCACGCCCCCUUUGCCGUUGGUCCCGAGCCCGGGUCCGAAGUAUCGCGAGAGUUAGUCCGCGGCUUCUCCGCCCUGCCUUCUUUAGUGUGUCGGCCAUUUUGGACCAGUUCCUCCCGGGUCCGUGCCGAGGCCUCGUUUCCUCUCACAGAGAGCGAGAGAAAAAAAAAAACCCAGAAAAAGAUGGCCGAAUAUUCAGCAGUGGCGCCUCCCAGCACGUUAGGCGGUGGUGCUAGCGGCGGUGGCGGCGGAGCAAGCGGCGGUGCUGGCCCUGCAGCUGGCGGCGGUGGCGGCGGCGGCGGUGGUGGUGGUGGAGGAGCGGCAGGAGGCGGCGGCGGCGGGCCUGGAGGUGCCGGCGGCUUCAAGAACGACGCUUUCGCCGACGCCCUUCAGCGGGCGAGGCAGAUUGCAGCAAAAAUUGGUGGGGACACAGCUACCACAGUAAAUACAUCAGACUAUGGAUAUGGCGGACAGAAAAGGCCGCUGGAAGAUGGAGAUCAACCAGAUACCAAGAAAGUUGCUCAGAAUGAUCCAUUUGGAGCACAGCUAGCUGCAAUGCAUCAACAGAGGGCAAUUGCCACGGAGGAAUACAAAGUACCUGACGGUAUGGUUGGAUUCAUAAUUGGUCGAGGUGGAGAACAAAUCUCACGCAUUCAACAAGAGUCUGGGUGCAAAGUACAGAUCGCUCCUGACAGUGGUGGUUUACCAGAAAGAUCUUGCAUGCUGACAGGAAGUCCUGAUUCCAUUGUAGCUGCAAAGAGGUUACUUGAUCAAAUUGUUGAAAGAGGCCGAAUUGGUCCCGGUACGCAUCAUGGAGAUGGACCAGGUACUUCAGUGCAGGAGAUUAUGAUUCCUGCGAGCAAAGCUGGACUUGUUAUUGGGAAAGGUGGAGAAACAAUCAAGCAACUGCAAGAGCGUGCGGGAGUCAAGAUGGUGAUGAUUCAAGAUGGACCUCAGCCAACAGGAUCAGAUAAACCCCUCCGCAUCACUGGAGAUCCAUUUAAAGUACAGCAAGCCAAGGAUAUGGUGAUGGACCUAAUUCGUGACCGAGAGCAAGGUGGUUUUAGAGAGCAGCGUAAUGAGUACGGAUCCCGUUUAGGAGGAACAAACGAAGCAUUGGAUGUCCCUGUACCUCGCUUUGCUGUUGGUAUUGUAAUAGGGAGAAGCGGAGAAAUGAUUAAGAAGAUACAGAACGAUGCUGGUGUGAGGAUUCAGUUCAAGCCAGAUGACGGGACGACGCCAGAAAGGAUAGCUCAGAUCUUGGGCCCUCCCGACAGAUGUCAGCACGCUGCAGAAAUACUUACAGACCUCCUACGAAGUGUGGAGGCUGGCAUGCCUCCAGGUCCUGGUGGUCCUGGGCCUGGCAGAGGAAGAGGGAGAGGCCAAGCAAAUUGGAAUAUGGGCCCUCCUGGUGGACUUCAAGAGUUCACUUUCACGGUACCGAGCAGCAAGACUGGGAUAAUAAUUGGCAAAGGUGGUGAGACUGUAAAGGCAAUUAGCCAACAGUCAGGGGCACGGAUAGAGCUUCAGAGAAACCCACCUCCAAAUGCUGAUCCCAACUUUAAAAUGUUUAUUAUUCGUGGAUCAACUCAGCAGAUUGAUUAUGCUCGACAACUUAUUGAAGAGAAGAUUGGGGCUCCUACUGGUCCUCCUGGGCCACCUGGUCCCCAUGGUCCUCAUGGACCACACUUGCCUCCUGGCCCUCAUGGGCCCCCUGCUCCUCCAGGACCUGGAACUCCUAUGGGGCCCUAUAAUCCAGGGCCCUAUAAUCCAGGCCCACCUGGUCCUCCUCAACAUGGUCCACCAGCACCAUAUGCUCCACAAGGAUGGGGGAAUACCUAUCAGCCCUGGCAGCAACAGAGCCAACCAGAUCCAAAUAAAGCUGGAGAUGCAAAUACAGCUGCAUGGGCAGCAUAUUACGCUCAGUAUUAUCAGCAACAAGCACAGCAGCCACCUGCACCUUCAAGCACUGGUCAGGGCAGUACCCCAAAUUCUGCACCGGCAGCUGAUCCAAACCAACCCAACCCAGCCCAACCUCCUCAGACUGAUUAUACCAAAGCCUGGGAAGAAUAUUACAAGAAAUUAGGUCAACAGGGACAACCACAAGGAGCACAACAGGAUUAUACAAAAGCUUGGGAAGAAUACUACAAGAAACAAAGUCAGGCAGCUCAAGCUUCUAGUACAGCAGCUCAGCCAGGUGGGCAACCAGACUACAGUGCUGCGUGGGCUGAGUAUUACAGACAGCAAGCAGCUUAUUACAGUCAGACGAACUCCCAAGGAAUUCCCCAGCAUCCGCCAGCGCAACAACCCCCCCCACAGAUUAUAGACCUAAGCACUGACCUUGCAGACAAAAUCCAGGCCAAAUUGAAUUAGUCAUGACAAAAUCUUCACCGGGAUAACACGUGCCAGUUCAAAAGUUUGGAUGAUCCAGACUCCUUAACAUUGGUCAGCAACAGUCCUGGAUCCCAAGGUGAGGAUGACCAUCACCUCCCACAGUCUAAUUCUAUAUCAAAGUUGUUGCAUUUGUUUUGGCGGCUUUGGAUAUCUGCCUUAGACUGCCACUAGUUCAAAAUUGAUUUGUAGUGCAUGUGGAAUUUAUAUUUCUCUGCCUGAGCUGUCAAUUUCUACAUUUACACAGGUGACUGUGACUCUUAAGUCACUUCAAAGAUUUAAUGCCUGCAAGACCAAUCUGUACUUUUGUUACAUGACUGCUACAGUAUUAUUCUGAAAACAUGAGCAUUUAAACUUCUUUAACUGAUGCUUUUUGGACGGAUUUUUCCUGUUAUGGGUAAUUGCUUAUUUGCAUCAUACAGUUUUUAGUGGGAUUGCCAACAUGAACAAAUGUCCCAUGGAACAUUCACUCCCUCCUUGUGCUGCUUGUCGCCUUAUAUUAUCUGGCUUGGCAGUUAAUUGUGAACUGUACCACUCCUGCCCUCCCCUUUGAUUAGCAACUGUCAACUACUUUAGUGCUGCUGGUAUCUUUAAUAGGAUACAACCAAUUUAAUGUCACAUAAUUGACCCACAUCAUCUGCUUUCUCCUCCCCUUCUCCCCUCCCUCCUCUUCUCCUUCCCCCCCCCACCCCCCACACCCCGUGCACACAAGCACACACUAAACUUUGAUGUAAUUGAGAUGCUAUAUUACUUUGUAGAAAACCCAGCCAGUAAUGCCACUUGUUUGAAAAUGUGUUUGAUCAGUGAAUUAGAAUGCUUUGCUGUCAUAUAUACUAUAUAUAUAUAUAGGAUAUAUUGCAAAUGAAGAUUUCUUAAUGAACUAUUUUAUUUGUUUACCAUUUUCAAGUUUGAGGAUGUGGUAGGGACUUGGUGUUUUUAUUGCUGUCUGAAAAGCUAUGCUUUAAUGUAAUUGGGCUGAGUAGGUGCACUGUUGGUUAUUUUAAUAGUCAGUAAAAGUUGCUGGAUGAUGAGAUUGAUACCCUUCUUCCCCAUAUUUGUACUGUUUACAGUGCACUUCAGCCUAAAAUGCAUUAAAACAAACCUCUUUUGCAGAACAAAUUUGUUCAGUGCAGUUUGUAAUUCUUCUAGCAAAGGAUAAUCUACGUCACAUUACUCUAUUUUUAUAUAUAUAUAUAGUAAUGAAGCAUAUAGGAAGAUGUCUUUUGAAUAGCGCAGAUCUUUUGAAGACCAUUAAGCUUAUUGCAGUCCAUAAUUGAAGCAUGUAGUGUUCUUUUAGGCUUAUUAGAUUGUAAGAAACGUUUUAGAGAUUGCUGAAUUUAUUAAAAACCUAAUUUUGUCUGAUAAGAAAGCUCCCUCAUCUUUGAAAUGAAAAAUCCAGAAAUGACUUUUUCAGCUUACAUUGCUAUCUACCAAAAAUAUUAGUAUUACUUAGUUUAUGAAGAAAUGUUUCAAAAUGGAGGCUGUUGGUAUAGUUUUCUUGUACCAUGUGAAGUCGCAGCUCAUUGCAAAUGAAGUGCAAUUUUUAUACUUCACAGUGCCACCCAGACCUUGAACCUUAAGUUCUGCUGCAGUACACUAAAGGUAAGCAAGAAUGAAGGUGUAUUAUUUCAGGCUGUAAAAAUAAAUUGAUCAAUCAUUGGCCCUCUUUAUAAAUGCAUUAUUUUUAUGAAACUCAACGUUACUGUACAAAUAAGAAUUAAAUGUCAGUCUGAUCAGCCAAAUAUUCCAUAAUUUGUUUCUCUAGACAAUGAAAUCAAGAUGAGUCAACAAAAAAAAAUUGAACUGCGGUAAAUUUCAAGCUCAAACAUUCUUGGAAAAGGGGGUCAGCCUGCAUCUUAAAAAAAAGCCAGGUUAAAACUUCUGGCAUACACCUGAAGGAUUAAACUGCCUUUUCAGAUGCAUUCAGCAUUGAGAUAUGAUCUUAACUUUUUCUGAGUUUGAAUGAAGGUAGGGCUUUAUUGCAAACAACCACGUAUUUUAGAUGGGUGGGUUGGACAAUUCUCAUUUUAAAUAAUUAUUCAUUUGCAGCAGAAAUGACUGGUCAUUUUUUUGAUGGAAAUAAACUUCAAAUGUUGUGCACAAUUUAACUGUUCCAGCAAACAUUUGUUUAGAUCUUAGUUUGUGUUAGACAUCUGAUUUUUUUCAUUAAGACCGUAAUUAGUCAAGUGUAUAUGUAUACAGAUUUGACCUGCAUCAGUUGUUGUGAAGGCAUUUUUGUUGAAUAAGUAGCUAAUAUUUUACUGUAUGUUUUUAGAUAUCUGGCAAAGGAAAAGCUGUAGAAUUUGUUCUUGUAGGAUAAACUAUCUUUGUGUUGGCAUAGAUUGAUACACCUUGUCUUAUUUUAACCCUCUGUCAUUUUGGCCACUCUUCCUAAUGCGUCUGUUUUCUCGUGCACAAUUACCAAAAGUAACAACUUAUUUAUACUGCUGGACAUACAUCAGAUUUUUAGUAUAACUACAAAGAAGGAAGCUUACAUAUUUUGCUCAUACACUGUACAACAGCUAGUUGGGUUUUUAUUUGCUGUUUAGGUCAUGGGAGUUUGAGGUUGUUUUUGGGAAAUAGCCAGGGAAGACGGUUAAAAUAUCUGUCUUCAGGCUGAUAAAUUGUACCUUAAAGGACGUGAGGUGUGGUGUUUUCGGUCUGGUUUAUUAAUGUUGAAUUAUUGUAUUCUGGCAGUUUUGUGGUCUAUUUACCAUAUUAAAAUGCAUAAAAUAUGUUGCUUCAGGAUCAGAUUAGAAUUCCAAGUGUUUUGUGAGCUGUGAUUCAGUGCAAUUCAUGUGCCCUUUUUCAAGAGUGAAUCUUGCAUUUCUAGAGAUUAAUUGCCUUUGUGUUUUCAUCAAAGUCUUGGGAGAUUAUUAUGCAAAAAGCCAACUUGCUUAUCUUUUGGCUUUUUUUUCAAAGUACUUUAAAGAUGGUGCCUUCGUUCUUAUACAGUGCUGAAGAGCUAGCUGCCAGCACCCGAUUCAUAGGUCAUAGGAACAGGUCCUGAGAUAGUUUCUACCACUGUGGAGGACUUCUUUGCGUUCAUCCUUUGAACUGAUGAACAUAAACCAUACAAGGGCUCUCUAUAUAAGGUAAUGCUUUUUGAGUGACGUAUGUCAUUCAUACAUAGGGAAUUAAGUAUUUUGCACAAACUGUUAUUUGAAGUGGGAGGCAUGCUGUCAGGUUCUUUGGAUCAUGCACUUGUUUCUAUAUGCAUACAAAUGCAAAAACAAGCAUAUUCUGCACGCUGGGACUUUACUUUAGGACAUCCAUUUAGUACUGCUAAACUUAAUGUGUUCAUUGCUAGGUUUCCCUGUUCAGUCAUUUGAUUCUUUUUGCCUUUUUUGACUCUCCUCCAGAAAAUACACAGUUUAACAUAUCGUCUUGAAUUAAAUUACUGUCAAUGAAGGACUCAAAUGUACAUUCAUUAUAAUUUUGAUAUCAUGUUUCAAACCAAUUGAGUAGAAUUGAAGUGCAAAGCAUAGUUUAAUCAUCUUAUAUCUUGUUUUCUAUAAAUAUGAAUCCCCAGAGUUAGUAAGGAAUAAUUGUUUCCAUUUCUAGCGAGCCUUUUGUAAUCUUGUAUCUGUGCGUACGUGAGAGUCAGACUUCUAAAAUUCCAGGAUUUGCUUCCCUAAAAUAAUCGAGGAUGCAUUUAUUUUGCUUGCUUUUUAAAAUGCUGAGAAGCUUUUGAUUCAGAAAAAUCUGCAGAAGCGAAUGUUUAAAAGCCAACUGUACUGAAAUUGUAUAGUUAGAUUCUGCAGGGAGCAGUCUCAGUUAACACAAUGUAGAAUGCUAAAACAGACAAUCUGUGCUGCAGUUAGAGGAAAGUGCAUAUCAGGAUUUGACUGCAAGUUUUUGCUGUUGUCCCUGUUCAGUUUUUUAAUAUUGGCACUGCUAGGUAGGUUUCCUGCAUGUUUCUUUUGCAUGUUUCUUUUACACUUGGCUUUUGAGAUGGAUUAGCUAUUAUCUCGAAGAAAAAAAUUCUUCAGAAAAUGUGCAUUGCUGGAGAAGACUACUGAGCAGAUUAUGGGCUUGCAGUGAUUGGAGAAAGGGAUAUCAUACAGAUUUGGAGCUGAAGUAUAAGGUAACCUCACUGACGGGAAAAAAAUAUGCUGCUUAAGAAUGAUCCGGAUGUGUUGGCACUCGUUUUUUUGUUUUUCUGAUAAUGUAAUAUGAUAUUAGUGUGAAUUAAAAUGUAAAGAUUUUGAAAUUAUGAAUAAAGUUUGAGAUGCACAAA